GUUGUUGAAGCAGCAGGAGGGAGUUUAAGUGUGACUAUGCCCCUUUUGUAUGUGUGCCUUAUGGCCUCAUGACCAUUUAAGCGAUUCCAUAAGGAAACAACAACAAACGAACCUUUUGCUGUUUGCCAUUGGGGUUGUUGUUCUUAUGGUAGCACUUUCACUCUCCGCACUGUCAUCUCCGAUCACGAUCACAAAGAUAUUACGGAGCACGAUGGCGCCCAACACUUCAAUCAAAGGCCUCCCAUCACUCCUCACAAUCACUAUCGAGCAAGCUUCUGAGGGUCUAGCUGCCGGUCGCUUCACUUCUGCGGAUCUGGUAAAAGCAUACAUUGCUCGGAUUGAGGAGGCAUCACAUUUCAAGGCUGUGCUAGAAGUCAACCCAGAUGCGUUAUCUGCCGCCAAGACUCUGGAUGAGGAGCGUUCGCGAUCAGGCAGUAUGGGCGCACUACAUGGUAUUCCGAUUCUGGUCAAGGAUAACAUUUCAACGAAGGACAAACUACAUGCGUCUGCUGGCUCGUUUGCCUUGCUUGGGGCCAAGCCGGCUACCGAGUCUUCGGUUAUCAGCAAACUCCGCGAAGCUGGUGUCGUGAUCCUAGGCAAGACAAAUCUUUCAGAGUGGGCGAAUUUCAGAGGUUUGAACAUCAGUGCAGGCUGGAGUCCACGCGGAGGUCAGACUCUGGGUGCCUACCAUCCGAAUACCAGGUCCGAUGGAAGCAGUUCUGGCUCAGCGGUGGCUGCAGCUCUGGGCCUAUGCGGAGCUGCAUUGGGUACAGAAACUAUGGGCAGUAUCGUCGAUCCAGCAGAAAUUGCUAACGUAGUUGGCUUCAAGCCAACCCGUGGUCUGAUCGCGACGGACGGAGCCAUCCCGAUCUCCAAACGUCAAGAUGUCAUUGGGACUCUUACAAAAACAGUCAAGGACGCAGCAUACAUGCUUACCCAGAUGGCUGGACGCAGCGAUGCAGACGAAAGAACUUGGAACAUUCCAUUCGAGUCCAUUCCGGAUUAUGCUUCUUUCUGUAAAAGCACCAACCUUGGCGGUAUCACAAUUGGUGUCCCUCGGAAUUGCUUCGAUACCAAGACGGCCCCAGUACCAAUCAUAAAGUCAUUCGAAUCUGCCCUGAAGAUUCUGUCGUCUGCAGGAGCAACAGUCGUGGACAAUGCGAACUUUACAGGUGUCGACGAGUUCAAGAAGUUGAAUCAGCAAGUGAAGGGAAUCGUCCGAUCGUCCGAAUUCAAUAGGGACAUUCUUGCUUACUUGAAAACCUUGGAAUCCAAUCCGAACAACAUUAGAUCGGCUGAGGACAUCAUCGAAUUCACGAAGAGUUUUCCGGCUGAAGAGUACCCAGAUAAGGACAUUGGCAAAUUUCUGUGGACACAAUCCGAAGGCAUCGAUGUUGACAGUGAUAAGUACAAGGAAAUGGUUCAACAGGAACUGUAUUUCGGUGGUGAGGGGGGGAUUCUUGGAGCCAUCAAGCAAUAUAAGCUGGAUGUUCUGGUUGUUCCAUCUACGCUGGGUGUAGCAAAUGACCUAGCUGCGAAGAUGGGAUUUCCAUUCAUAUCAGUUCCGUUGGGAUUCUGGCCGGAGGAUACCCCGAUUGAACGCGAGGAUCGGAAAGGAGGUCUUGUCCGCAAAGCACCAGGUAUCCCUUACUGUAUAAGCUUCUUCACCAAGGCCUACUCGGAGGAAAUGUUACUCCAGGUUGCAUAUACUUUCGAGCAACUUGCUGGCGUGCAGGAUAAUGGUCCACAGCCUUACCAACCCCCGAGGACCGAGCUGAGCGAUGUUCAAGAGACAGGCCAAAAGAGGUCUCAGCUCAGCUAGGAAGAAAUAUGCUUGUUGUUUGCGGUAAAGGGGAUUCUAUGAGGUCUGUUCAAUCAAGAAGCACUAGAUUUGAGCGCAAGGAAUGGUGAAACUGUUCAAUGAAUGACACGAUCUUGAACACAUGAUAAGCCCCGUGGAAACCUUCUGAAGAAUGACUGAAAAUGAGAUCGCGAGUGUGUACGAAGGCUCAGAUGAUCGGUUCUG